AUGACAGCCUUCUACACCAACAUUUCCAUAACAAUGGUGCUUCUUCGCCACCUCUACCCUCCAACUGAAUUGGUGCAUAACAAGACCAGUGAAGGUAAAUUGAUGAAUCCAAUUGAUAUUGAUUUUGAGGAACACGGCAAUGACCAGCCACCUCCAAGUUCAGUGGGUGGGGGUCAAGAAUCAAUGCAUCCAAGAGGACAAGAUGGGCAAACUGAACAGUUCCAGGUAGCCAGGAGAAAAGGAAGGUUAACCACAAUGUUUUCUUCAGUGAAUCUUUCCAGCACCCUACUACUAGCAUACCAGAGCUUUGGUGUGGUAUAUGGAGAUUUGAGCACAUCACCUCUCUAUGUUUAUAAAAGUAUAUUCAUUGGGAAGUUGCAAAAUCAUCAAAAUCCUGAUGCAAUAUUUGGUGCAUUUUCAUUGAUUUUCUGGACGCUGACGCUGAUUCCUUUGCUCAAAUAUGUAUUUCUUGUACUGAGUGCUAAUGACAAUGGUGAAGGUGGCACAUUUUCUCUUUACUCCUUGCUUUGUAGACAUGCAAAACUCAGUUUACUUCCCAAUCAACAAGCAGCAGAUGAAGAACUCUCAGCUUACAAAUACGGUCCCUCAGGACAGUCUUCAUCAUCUUUAGCACUGAAGAGAUUUCUAGAAAAGCACAAAAAGUCUCGGAUAUUUCUACUACUUGUAGUUUUAUUGGGGGCUGGCAUGGUAAUAGGUGAUGGUGUAAUCACUCCAGCAAUUUCAGUUCUGUCAUCAAUAUCAGGGCUUCAAGCAGCCGAGAAAAGGUUGAAUCAGGGUGAGGUCCUAUUGCUCGCUUGCGUUAUAUUGAUUGGCCUAUUUGCUCUGCAACAUUUUGGUACCCAUAAGGUUGCUUUCUUGUUUGCACCAGUCGUUAUUCUAUGGUUGAUAUCAAUUUUUGCCAUUGGGCUGUAUAACACAAUAUACUGGAAUCCAAAAAUUGUCUUUGGUCUUUCUCCGCAUUAUAUCAUUAAAUUCUUUAGUGAAACUGGCAAAGAUGGAUGGAUUUCACUUGGCGGGGUUCUUCUUUCCAUAACAGGUACUGAAGCCAUGUUCGCAGAUCUUGGCCAUUUCACUGCCUGCUCAAUAAGGCUUGCAUUUGCAUUUAUUGUAUAUCCUUGUUUGGUAGUGCAAUAUAUGGGCCAGGCUGCUUAUCUGUCAAAAAAUAUUUCUUCAAUUCCAAACAGUUUCUAUGCCUCAAUACCUGGUAGUGUAUUUUGGCCUGUCUUUGUUAUUGCCACCCUUGCUGCCAUCGUUGGCAGUCAGGCUAUUAUUACCGCUACCUUCUCUAUUGUUAAGCAAUGCCAUGCUCUUGGUUGCUUUCCACGGGUUAAGGUUGUUCACACGUCAAAACAUAUCUAUGGACAGAUCUAUAUACCAGAGAUAAACUGGAUCCUCAUGAUUCUUACUCUUGCUAUCACUAUUGGUUUCCAGGACACAACAAUGAUAGGGAAUGCAUAUGGCCUUGCUUGCAUGUCCGUUAUGUUUAUUACCACAUUUCUAAUGGCACUUGUCAUGGUCUUUGUCUGGCAAAGAAGUGUCGUACUUGCUGCUGCAUUCCUCCUUUUCUUUUGGUUCAUUGAAGCUGUUUACCUAUCAGCUGCAUUCAUAAAAGUUCCUCAGGGAGGAUGGGUAUCGCUUGUGCUAUCCAUGAUCUUUUUGUUUGUCAUGUUUGUCUGGCACUACGGAACUUGUAGGAAGUACAAUUUUGAUCUGCACAAUAAAGUUCCACUAAAAUGGCUCCUUGGUUUGGGCCCUAGCCUUGGUAUUGUCCGUGUGCCUGGUAUAGGUCUCAUAUACUCAGAAUUGGCAACGGGAGUACCAGCUAUAUUUUCACACUUCGUAACAAACCUCCCUGCUUUUCACAAUGUUUUGGUGUUUGUUUGUGUAAAAUAUGUUCCAGUGCCCUAUGUCUCACCUGAGGAGCGCUUCCUCAUUGGCCGCAUAUGCCCCAGACCCUAUCGCAUGUAUCGGUGCAUUGUGCGGUAUGGAUACAAGGACAUACAGCGAGAUGAUGGGAACUUUGAGAACCAACUCAUUCAAAGUUUAGCAGAGUUUAUCCAAUUGGAAGCUGUAGAACCUCAGUCCUCAGGCUCCGACACUGCAUCAUAUGAUGGGAGGAUGGCAGUCAUAAGCACCAGAACUAUUCAAUCCAGUUCAAGUUUAAUAGUAUCUGAGCAUGAUGAUUUGGGUUCGAGUGAUUCCAUCCAGAGCAACAAAUCAUUAACCCUACAUAGCUUAAGAUCGGCUUAUGAAGAUGAGAACCCACAGAGGAGGCGUCAAGUGAGGUUCCAGUUGCCCCAGAGCCCUAGAAUGGAUCCCUCUGUAAGGGAAGAACUAUUGGACUUGAUCCAGGCGAAGGAGGCAGGUGUUGCAUAUAUAAUGGGGCACUCAUAUGUGAAAGCAAGACGGUCUUCCUCUUUCUUGAAAAAGCUUGUCAUUGAUAUUGGUUAUUCAUUCCUCCGUAAGAAUUGCCGAGGUCCGGCUGUGGCACUUCAUAUUCCUCACAUUAGCCUCAUUGAAGUAGGGAUGAUAUAUUAUGUGUAG